AUGAAUCCCAGCCUUCCCCCAAAGAAGCGCGAGUCCCGCCAAGGCUCGUCGGGGCAGCGCCCCCUGGAGGAGGACUUCAAGUUUCCAGCGCCACUUCAGACCCGGAGACAGCACCUUCCGGAAGGGCGGGAGGCUGAAUUACGCUCCGAUAAGGACCUCCUUCCACCACCGCCGCCACCUCCUCCACUUCCACCUCUACCGUUGGCGCUGCCAUGGCAUCUGCCGUACUACUCGUCCCUUCACAGUGCGUACCUCACUGGGCAUGUGCGAGACAGGCGUGGCUCUGGUUCACCUUCUUGGAGAGAUGGAUCGAGUGGGCGAAGACCAGAGGGACUGGAACCAUCAAUUGCUCAAAAUUCUAGCUGGCUACGAAGAGAUAUUAAUCCCCUCAGUGUGCACCCGUCCAUCCCCAUACCUACGUACAAGAGCAAUUAUGGAGUCAACUCCAGGGAUAUGUGGCCCUGCAUGGGUCACGACCGCAGAGACUAUACCUCCUCUCUCUUUUCUCCUUCCUCCUCCUCCUCGUCACAUCUUUUCCCCCAGCCGUCGAUCUACCACCAUAAUAUCCCUUCAGACAGCAGGCUCAGGUACUCAUGCAGGAGGCCGAACGGUCUGGAUGGACAGGCCAGCAGACUAGAACCUGGUGCAACUACAGACGCUGCAAACGACCCCCUACAGAGAAUGGGUGCCACCGAAAGGAUGAACAAUCAAGAUGACCCAGCAAGGCACGGUGCUGCGAGGGGAUCCCUGUCCCGGGACGGACGUAACGCACAUUCCUUUUCUCAAAAUACUGACAGGGACUCCCGUCUGGGAAUCCCAAAACCUCAAACGUACACCUCUGAAUCAAGAAGAGGAAAGCCACAUGCUCCUGGAAGUGCCUCCCAGUCAGGAGCUCAGAUCUACUAUGCCCUGGGGUCUCUGUACCCCUCAACUCACCACAACCCUCAGGCGUACCCUCAUCUUAAACCUUCAGGUCCUCCUCCGUCCCCCCUGAGAAACUCGCAGCACCCACACGCUCAGCCUAACAGCCACGGGGUCGAUCAGGAGCGGGACUUUUCUCUGGAAUCCUACCGUCCCUCGGUUUCAGUCCUCAGUGGUCCUGACCCACCACCAAGUGCAGUCCUACCUCAUUUUGCCAAGGGUUCCCUCAUCGAGUUGGCCGGCGGCCGUCUGAAGAGGGUGGAGGAGUUGCUGACGGAGGAUUUCCUGCACAGUGCCGACACCUCACCCGAGUUCCACCUGAGUACCUGCACCAUCCUGCUGAUAUCACCUGGACCCAGUGAUGGCUUCAACCAUCUGCAGGUUCUGCUGACCGAUCGAAACACUCAGGAAUUGCUGACGGUUUUGGAGGAGUACCCGUUUUUCGUCCGGGACCGGGGUUGGUCCUCAUGCAGUCCUAGAAGAAGCGCUCAGCUCUACGGCCUCCAGUGUCGGCAGCUGAGCACCGGAGACGUCUGCCUGGCUCUGACGCCGACACCCACCCUGUUAUUUCCACCAACGACCUCUCCGACUUCUACACCCACCUCAGUGACCCCGGUGCCCUCCUCGACCUCCUCAGCGACCUCCACGAGAACCUCGUCCACCCCGACGCCCACGAACCUGCGGCCACUUUCAUGCACUCGCAUUUCUACAGGAUCGGACAGAACGGAUCGGCGCCUCGCUCCACCCGCUCCGUCUGAUUCGCGGAGGGAGAACCAGGAUCACCCACGUCCACGGAAGAGACGCUGGUCCGCCCCCGAGCUGCAGGAACGAAACACAGAUUUACCUCAAGGAUGUAAACGAGUCAAACAGCAGUAA